AUGCUCCUGCCCGAGGUGAUACAUGUGAAACCUGGUGUAUCUUUUGAGCCACCCCCAGCCAUAUCCACUGCAGACUACUACAGCAGCAAUAGAAAUGCUUCUCAAUAUGCAACAGUGGUCACUUACUGGUGUCUCACUGGGCCAGGUGGAGAAAAGCAGUUUGACCUCAUGGUAGAACAGUCAGUAUCCUGUUCCAGCAAAGACAAUCAACCUGGUGUUUGGAGCAGCCCUCCUCCUUAGUGUAUUUCUGCCAAUUAAUGCACAACUCCAGAAGUUGAAAAUGCAAUUAGACUACCCGGAAAUAGGAGUUUAUUUUCCUUAAGUGAGACUGUGAGAUUUAGAUGUCAGUCUGGCUUUGCCAUGAAAGGGCCCCACACUCUGCAGUGCUGGGCCAACAACACGGUGCCUGAGCUGCCAAGCUGCUCCAGGGCAUGUCAGCCACCUCCAGAAAUCGCACAUGGUAAGCACACCCUAAGUAACAAGGACAGUGUUUCCCCUGGGCAGGAGGUGACCUACACCUGUGAGCCCGGCUAUGAUCUCAGAGGGGCUGCUUCUCUGCGCUGUACGUCCCAGGGAGACUGGAGCCCUGCCACCCCAACAUGUGCAGUGAAAUCAUGUGCUGCGUCCCUGGACCAACACCCUAAUGGUUGCAUGCUCUUUCCAUUUAAUAUCCAGCUUGGGAAAAAAGUGUCCUUCGUUUGUGAUGAGGGGUUCUGAUUAAAAGGCAGCUCUGCUACUCACUGUGUCUUGGUUGGAAUGAAAAGCCUUUGGAGCAGCAGUGUUCACGUGUGAACGUGAGUAGAAGGAACAACUAUGCAGCCUGUAUAUUCCCUUUAUUUUUUUUUCCAGUGUGUUUUUUGCCUCGUAGAAUCACCUGCUGUCUGCAUUUUUAUUUAACUAAAAUACUGAUAAAAUACUUCUUUGUUGGAAGAAUUUCAAAGGGGUCUUGUAGAUCUUAUACAGCAUGUGUUUUUGUUACUAAUCUGUAAGUCACUAGUUUAAUGCUAGGGUUGAAAUUUGUAGAGAAUAUGUGGAGAGAAACCAGAUGACAUAGAA